UUGGGGGUUAUAAAACCCUGAAGGAAACAUCCUCUCUUUUAAUUGUUAAACUGCGAUUAAAAGGUGAGAAAAAAAAAGUUCCACACCGAAAGCCUACAAACAGCCAAACUGUCUACUUCAAAGAAGAAAAACUCCAACUUGCUGUCGCAGAACAUGCACUGGCAAAAAUCUGUGACUUCAGAUCAGCACCAGCAUAACCAAAACCGACCUUAUCUUGGCGUGCGAGUCAAAGAACCCGUCAAAGAGCUCCUGAAAAGAAAAAGAGGGAACUUAGGUGGUUCUACGUCUGUAACACCCACGGUGCCCACAUCUUACCAGACUCUUCCACAGUACACGUCAGUAGUCUCAAAUACCACCGAGCUUCCCUAUGUUGAUUUGGAUGCUACAACAUCAUUACUGCCAAUACAAGAUGAAGGCACGUUCUACACUGGAUGGAUUUCUCAGCCGUCCUCCUUUCAGCCCAUAACACAAUGGACAACGUGCCCAGAGUACAUUUCACAUGAGACUGUCAGCUGCCCAUACACAGGAGAUAUGUAUGUCCAGCCAAUGUGUCAGGGCUAUACUGUGGUUGGCCCACCUUCAGUCCUAACUUACACUUCACAACCUCUACUAACAAAUUUCACAGCAAGAAACACCACUCCAUGUGUUGCAACCCCGAUAGAAUAUGCGGAGCAGCAAACACCAUUGACUUACUUUCCAUGGGCACAGACCAUUCCAAGUCUUCCUACUGCAACUCAUUCAAUACCAUAUCAAGCAACUUCAACCACAAUUCCAAGCCAACAGUUUGUGCCCAUACCAAUCGCUAUAACAGAUUCUGUGCCACAGGAACUUGAUGAGCCAAGACGAGACAUCAACAAUGUGCCAAUAGAAAAACUACUGCAGGGAGAGGAAGGGAAUGAUUCAUAUGUUCUACAUCACACUCUUCCCAUUGAAAGCCUGUAAAAUAUAUAUGUUUCUAUAGUAUAAUAUUUAAGAGUCUGUAAUUUGAGUUGAUGUGAAGUAGUUCUAAAUACUACAAAUAAUAAAGGGGUAUUUCUGCCAAAACCAUUUUUAUCACACAAGGCUUCAGAUGGGAAUCAAAAUGGUCACAAACACAACAAAGAAUCUGAAAAUGACAAUAAUAAUUUAUAGCUUUGUUUUCAUGUACAACUAUCCACACCACCACUUUGUUGCUGUCUUCAAUUUCUUGCUGCCUGAUCCGCAAGUCAUCUGGGCAGUCCCUGUGGCUUCUUUGCCCCAACAGUCUUGAUUGAUAGAUCUGUCCCUGUUUGGAUAUAGGGAAGGAUCUAUUAAUCAAGGCUGGAGGGGCAGGAAGAAGCCACCAGACACCACGCUAAUCAUGGUUCAGGCAGCAUUACAGUUAUGGCAGGUUCCUUUUAAGAAUAAACAUUGCAUUUACUCCCUGCAUCAAAAAAAUAUGCCGCAAAUUAGUCUUGUCUACUAGACCUGCAUUUUACAUCACACUCUGCCACUGAAGAACAGGAAAAUAAUUUUAUCAUUUGCAUGGGGCAAUGUCUGCUAUAGCUUAGUUGUCUGCAACAUAUGUUUUGGUGACUAGAUGAUGAGGUCCCAGCUACUCCUAUACCUUCCUCUAUUGCCAGAAUUGAAUGGGCAGAUACAGUGUCAUCCUUCUUUUUCUGCUGCAAAUUUUAGAUUGCUCUAGUCCUGUCUCUCUCUCUCUAUCUC